UUUUUUGUUUUGUUUUAUACACAUUUAAGAAGACUUCCUUUUGUACUUGUGACCGAAUUCUAAAAAUUGUCACAGAUAAAACUCGCUUUUAUAAACUUUUCUUUUUACAAGUGCUAAAAAUAAGCCUCUCUCAAUAACAACAUCAACGUUACAAGGUGGCGUUUUAAUUUACUCCUCUUCUUUAGUAAUUUCGUAAUACAGUUAUGAAUUCCCGUUCGAAAUAUGAAGUCAGUACACUUGAAAAUGCUUCUACAAAUGUAAGAGCAGAUAACAAUUCCUCUGUUCAAUCGAGCAAGGUGGUUAAAAACGUCAAGAAAAAACAGUUAUCGCUCCGAACUAAGCUGGCUUUCAGCGUUGGGCAUGUUUUCAAUGAUUUGUGUGCUUCCAUGUGGUUUUCCUAUUUGCUUACGUUUCUCGAGCUGGUAUUAAGAUUCGAGAGUCGAAUGACAGGCGCAUUGCUUCUGCUAGGCCAAGUAGCAGACGCUAUCGCAACGCCCUUAAUUGGUAUUCAGUCAGACAAACGAUAUAAUUUUUUAUUGUGUCGCUAUGGGCGAAGGAAAAUUUGGCAUCUUAUCGGAACAGUUUUGAUAGCUGCCACAUUCCCUUUCUUAUUUAAUAAGUGUUUAGGAUGCGCCGAUAGAGACCAAUGGCUUCAAUUUGCGUAUUAUGGGGUGUUCGUUACGAUUUUUCAAAUUGGCUGGGCUGCCAACCAGGUGGCGCACGUAUCACUAAUCACCGAUCUGACUCCAUUCUCUGCAGAACGAGUGGAAUUAAAUGCAUACAGACAUGCUUUUACGGUGAUUUCUAGCAUUUGUGUUUAUUCCAUCACGUGGGUUGUGUUGGGAGUUUCUGAAGACAACGACACUGAACGACAGCUGGGACCACAAGACGCACACUUAUUCCGGAACAUCGUUUUCAGCGUACUACCAGUAGGGAUUGCCUUUUCUGUAAUUUUUCAUUUCUUUGUGAAAGAAACGAAUCCAGAAACACAAGAAACAAGACAAAAUCAGAAUACAGAAGAUACAGGUGUCCCAUUGGAAGCUCUCGAUUCAUAUCGUCCUCGGAGUUAUUCGUUUGAUAUAAAUGCGCUAAUACACUCGAACCAUGCUGAGAACAAUGACUCCAAAAUACAAAGACAGUCACACGGUACAGAUGAAGGCAAACUACAGUUUGAUUCAGAAAUCGAGUUAAAUCUCGCUGAAAACCAUGGCGAGCAACAUCUUACCUGGAAGGAAUGGUUGAAGAAGCUACAGUUCUACGAGGUUGCCUUUGUCUACAUGGCAAGCAGAAUGUUUGUUAACCUGUCCCAAGUCUACACACCAUUGUACCUGCAGGACACCCUUCGUCUCCCUAGGGAAAGUAUUGCCAUUGUUCCUCUAGUCACCUACCUGAGUGGGUUUCUGUCAUCUUUGGCGAUGAAGCCAGUCAGUGUCAAGAUAGGAACUAAAGUAACCUUGUUGGGAGGUUCUAUUAUAAGUAUAAUAACAUGCAUUUGGGUUUUCUUUGGAACGACUGAAGCCUUUAUCUCAUGGCAAAUAUACAUUGUUGGAGGAUUGUUUGGUAUAGGUGGAACUACCAUGCUUGUGGCAAGUCUAGCAAUAACAGCAGAUCUUAUUGCUCAUAACACAAACAGUGGUGCUUUUGUAUUUGGAGCUAUGAGUUUCUUUGAUAAGCUUGGUAACGGAGCUGUUGUCCUGCUGAUACAAGAACUUAACCCAAAACAAAACACAGCCAUUAACACUAGUGACGACUGGUACCAUCGUAGCGUUUUAGCAUUUGCAUGUGGUGGAUCUGCCUUACUCACCCUUUUAGGGUUACUGAUACUUUCUCGAUCACAGCAUAAGUUGCAAACUUCAGAGAGCAAAGCAGUAUUGAAGGUUUCUGAAGAAUGAACCAACUUGUUAGAUCUGACUUCAUGGAAGCACAAUAGUGUCAUAAUUAACAGAAAGAGUAUAAAUCACUAUUUUACAAUUUAUUUUUCCAUUAAACUGUAAGCUGGUACACAGUUAUGUGUUCUAAUAACUUGUGUUUACAGUAUCAGAAUGGAUAGAUUAUAGUGCUAAUAGUAAAAGCUUCGAUGAACAGAAACUUAUAAUUAAAGGAGGCUCCUAUCAGUAUUAUACUAUCAGUCAUGUUAAGACAUUGUAAGAAAGAGUUUUGGAAAAUGACUUGAAAGACUUUAUAAAAUGUAUUUGUUAUGUACCUUUCUUGUGUUUAAAUGGUAUUUAGCUCUAGAAACCUGAAGUUUUAAUAAAAGUUAUCACAUCAAAAUAAAACAAGCAGGUUCAAAAUGAA